UGAAAAUGUGAGAUCAGAUAUGGAAGGUUUAAUCCAAGGAGCUGAAGAUGGAAAACCAAUGUCUCCAACCGUUAGAACUGAAGACUCCGAGUUUCAGACUAUGGAAGGUUUAAUCAAAGGAGCUGAAGAUGGAAACCCCAUGUCUCCAACUGUUAGAACUGAAGAAUCCGAGUUUAAUACUCCAACUGCUGCUGAGUCGCAGACUGAAAUGGAAACUCCAUCAAUAUUCCUGAACACUCCAAGUGCGGUGUACUCGCAACCAGAAAAUGCACCUACAUCUAUGAACAUAGAUGAGGAAGAGGAUCCAGAUAACGUACAAGUACCUAAACUUGUUAAGAGAAAGAAAAAUGUUCCCCUCAAGUUACUGUCACCCUUCUUAACUCAGUAUUCACACCUACUGGUUGGGGAAGAACAGUUGAAUCAAAAGGAAAAGGACAUGCGAUGCGUACUGGAUUAUGCCUUUGGAAAGGGAAGCCCAACUCAGGUGUUGUACACUGAUGAUUGGAAUAUAGUUACCAGAGAAGAGUUUCAAACCCUAGCUCCCAAUGCGUGGGUGAUGAAUAAUGUUAUUGACACUUUUGCAAGAAUACUGAAUGAUGAUCCAGAUCAAAGUGUCAAGAGUAACUUGAAGUUCUAUUUCUCUACAAUCCCUUUCAAUAUGCUCUGCCAGAAUGAACCGUAUGGUGGAUCACAGGAUAGUCAAGCAACCGAAAGCAAACGCUUAGAAAAUUUUAUUUUAAGUGUACGCCAUGAGUAUGAAACUGCUGGUGUGAAGUCUUUGAAGGGAUUCCAUCUGUUGUUCUUUCCAGUCUGGUCUGGUGAUCAUUUUUAUCUCAUUGUAAUCAACCAAAAGGCGAAGAAGGUGGAGAUCAUUGACAAUCUCUCCUUACCUGAAGGAAUUACAUAUGAUGAUAAAUAUAAAACAUUUGCAGAAAGAACUUUUGAAGCAUGGACAAUAUUUUCUGAACAAGAAGGACAUCCUUUGCGGAAGGCACAGAUUUCAGCAUAUGAAAUUGUGUUGCUUGAAAUGCCAUGGAAGAACAGAACAAACAAGACUGAUUGUGGGGUAUAUGCAAUGAGGCAUAUGGAGACCUACAAAGGCAACCAGACUUGGAAUUGUGGCUUCAAAAACACAGAUGAAGAUAAAGACUUUAUUUGCAGGCUGAGAAUGCGGUACGGUACUGAAAUCUUAUUAUCCGUUCUGAACAAAAGGCAUGAGCUAAUGUAUCUGGCAUUGAAGAGAGCUAAUCAAGUUGAAUAGUUGGUUGUUUUCAUGAAGGCAGAAUAAUAUUUACCUUUUAUUAGAAGUAUGCUUUAAAAAACAAUGGUAUAUUUUGUAGAUAUGGUUAUUGCUGGAGUUAUGGGUUGUUCUUUUAAACAUGUGUGGUGUUCUUUUGGAAACAAUUAGAUGUUCUAGUAGUUGCAGAUAAGUAGUUUGGAUAUUUUAAACAAGUAUUUCAAUUAAAGGUUCAAGUUCUUUUCAAUCCCAGACCAUGUUCUUCUAU